GAAAGCCGUCUGCACAACACAGACAGCCGGGGGUGUUCAUGGAUUCGUCAAAGGUUUUCUGACCUGUCCUGGCUUGAGUAUUUUCCGCUUGGCAAUGCUGACUUCUUGCUCUCCAAGCAUACAAAGAUUGCUGGAUGCAGCUGCUCCACUGAAGGCGCGCAACAGUCGCAGCCUCCAAGGAGCAUCACCACAGAUGGGAGUUCUACCAACCAGUGCUGGAUGCAUCAGCAUUUUCUGCAGCUAUGCAUCGCGCCGAUGCUUGCUGUCCCAGAGGCAAUUCCGCCUUGCAAAGGUCAAAGGCGGUAAGACCAAAGAGGCUGCUCCGGACUAUACCACGUUUAGUGAUGAUUUGAUCGUGGUGGUUCAGAAUGCUGACAAAGAGGCCCAAGAGUUGUGCACUACACAGAUCGGCACAGAUGCUUUGCUUUUGUCGCUGCUGACAGUCUCGGAGGAGGACUCGCCCAAUGCUGAUGCCACAAGAAAAGCUGCAUUCCCUGGCAUCUCCACUGAGCAGGUGGCUUCUUACUUGCAGCAGCGCUCGCAAAAGGGUGCAAAAGGCAAAAAAGCAUCAGGUGCAACUUCGAAGGUGCCGAUGAUGUUCACGCCCAUGACGAGACGCUCCCUACAAGCUGCCCAGGAGGAGCAGGUUCGACUCGGACAUGCAGCUGUGGAGCCUGCUCACUUGCUGCUGGCGCUGCUGAAGGAGCAGCGUGCACAGAGCAAUGAGCUGCUGCAGCACUUCGGGCAGAGCCCUGAGGAUGUACAGCGGCGAGUGCUUGCAACGUUGCAAGGGCCUUUGGCCAAGGUUCGCUUGGAUGCGUCUAUCACAUUGCUUGAGCUGGAGAAGGAGGUCGUAGCAGAUGCUGCUCCAGCAAGUGAUCGGCCGUUGGCCACCAAGCUCUCCAAGGCUUACACGCAAUUGACAGGAGGCCUGGUCGAGCGGAGCGUCGAAGCCAAGCUGAUGCUCUUGGCGGCACUGAGCGGAGAACAUCUCUUCUUGCUGGGCCCUCCAGGCACGGCCAAAAGCUUGCUCGCGCGGCGUUUGGCGGAAGUCUGCCGUGGCAAGUUCUUCGAGCGGCUCUUGACGCGCUUCUCAGUGCCUGAAGAGGUCUUUGGCCCGUUGUCGCUCCAAGCGCUGGAGAAGGAUGAGCUGCGCCGCAAGGUUGAAGGCUUCCUUCCCACCGCAGACGUCGCUUUCUUGGAUGAGAUCUUCAAGGCCAACUCUUCCAUUCUAAACGCCUUGCUGACGCUUCUAAACGAGCGACGCUUUGACAAUGGUGUGGAAAGGAUUGAGGUCCCUCUAUGGUGCGCAGUGGCUGCCUCCAACGAGCUCCCAGAGUCUGAUGAAUUGGAAGCGCUCUUUGACCGCUUCCUGCUGCGGAGAGCCGUGCCACGGGUCUCCGAUCGAGAAGUGCCAGAGUUUUUGAAAAGGUCUUUGGAAGUUGACGCCGAACAAAGCGAUGACAACGAAGAAGAAGGUCCUAUGUUGUCAGUCGUUGACUCCGUUGAAUGUCAAAGCCUGGCCUCAAAGACGGUCUUUCCCAGCGAUCUCCUUGAUUUGGUGGUGAGCUUGAGGGCCUACUUGCGGGAUGAGGCUGAGCCGCCUGUGCUGCUCUCAGACCGUCGCUUAAAGAAGGCAGUGCGUUUGAUCCGCCUGGCCGCCUUCACUGCUGGGGCGGAGGAGGUUUCUGAGCUGGACUUGCUUUUGCUACAGCACAUGUGCUGGGAUAAGGAGCCCUCUCAGGCAGGUGAGGUUCGCGUCUGGCUUCUGGAGCGGAUGCGAAAGCCUCCCGAACGCGAAGAUGUAGUGAAGAAGGCGGGCUUUAUCCUCAAGGGCUUGAAGCUACGGCUUCGCAGGAACGUCCGAGGGUCUAGCCUGGACUUGGCGAAGAAAGACUUGAGCUCGUUGCGAGAAGUGCUGCAAGAGCAAUUGCAACGGAGGCUGCGGCGGAGAGCAAAUCUGCAGGCAAUGUUGCAAAAUGAGGAGGGACUUCGGCUGUUUUGGUUGGAGAAGGAGGACUUGUCUGAGGCCAAAGACUUGCUGCUCCCUGCCUUGGAGGAGGACGUCUCCGAAGCAUCCGUGGCUUUGAAAGAAGUCCUGGAGCUUCAAGGGGCGACGGAGUUGACCACAGAGGCCAGGGAGAUGACCUUGGAUUCACUGCUUGAAGACGAGGGAAUGGCUCAAGAAAGCCUCUCUACAGAGAAAAUGCUCAAAAUGCCUUUGAAUGGGACGUUCCCAGGCCCAAUGGUCGGUGGGUAGUGAGCGCUUUUAAAAGUAGGACCUUGAAAGAAGGUCAAUUUCGAUUGCUUCCUAAAGCAUCGUUUAGAUGCUGACUCAUCCAAGUUGUUCUUGGGUGGCUACAAGUGUUGCCAAGGUGCAAAA